AUGAUGAAUCCGAUCCAAUCUUUUUUCUUCUUCUUUCUUUCCCUUAUAUGCAGCACUCUUUCUUCUCCUACGCUCCAAAUGGAUGCUCUUUUGGAGUUCAAAAAUGAGUUCCCGUUCAGUGCACCAAACCCAAAUGCUUCUUUUGAUUUCUCUUUUAGUUGGUGGAAUACGAGCACUAAUCACUGUUCCUGGAAAGGUGUCACAUGCAAUGCUAAUUCCGGUGCGGUGAUAUCACUUGUCCUUGAAGACAUCGUUCUCAAUGGCUCUUUGAAAGCAAACACUAGUCUGUUAAAACUCCAACAUCUUCAGAACCUUACCCUUUGCAAUUGCAUUCUCAGAGGAGAGAUUCCUUCUUCACUAGGAAACCUUUCUCAUCUCAUGCAGCUUGACCUUUUUAACAAUGAUCUGGUAGGUAAAAUCCCAUCUUCACUAGGAAGCCUUUCUCAUCUCAAACAUCUUACCCUUUCUUCCAAUGAUUUGGUAGGUAAAAUCCCAUCUUCACUAGGAAGCCUUUCUCAUCUCAUUCAGCUUGACCUUUCUUACAAUGAUUUGGUAGGUGAAAUCCCAUCAUCACUAGGAAAUCUUUCUCACCUCAUAGAGCUUGACCUUAAUAGUAAUAGCUUGAUAGGUGAAAUUCCGACUUCACUAGGAAACCUAAACCAGCUAACAUUUAUGAGCUUUUCCUCAAACAACUUGACUGGUCACGUUCCUAGUUCAUUUGCCAAUUUCAAUAAGCUGUCCAAUUUAGAUCUCUCAAGAAAUCAAUUCUCCGGUGGAGAUUUACCUCUUAUACUAUCAAAUUUAACCAGCUUGUCCGAACUAGACCUUUCCAGUAAUCACUUCAAAUCCAAGCUUCCAUCCAACAUGAGUCGACUCCAUAACUUGAAAGUAUUUGACGUGAAAAGAAAUUAUUUUCUCGGGAAUGUCCCUACAUCCCUCUUUAUGAUUCCAAUGUUACUAGGUGUUUAUUUGCGUGGAAACCAAUUCGAAGGACCCUUAGAGUUUGGGAAUACAUCCGCAUCUUCUAGGUUAGUCAGCCUAGACCUCAGUUCUAACAACUUCCACGAACCAAUUCCAGAAGAUAUAUUUAGAUUUCUCAAACUCGAAACUUUAGAUCUUAGCAAUAACAGUUUCACUGGGGCAAUCUCUAGAUCUAUGUCCAAAUUAGUCUCCCUCAGGUUUCUAGAUCUAUCCUACAAUAAGAUGGAAGGUCAAGUACCGAGUUUCUUGUGGAGCCUAGACACCUUGACGCUUUCUCAUAAUUAUUUCAGUAGCCUCGAGGAAGUUGUCGUCAAUGGAAGUCACUCUGAUCUUAGUUCAAAUUCACUUCAAGUAUUGGUUUUCAAAGUUGAUCUUGGUUCAAAUUCACUCCAAGGAUCAUUUCCCCUAUGGAUCUAUAUCUUUGCCAAUGCCACCGACGUACUAUACUUAGAUGUUAGCCGUAACCAGUUAAUGGGGAAGCUUCCAAAAUCACUGAUCAACUGCAAGUAUAUGCAUUAUCUGAAUCUGAAAGGAAACAAGUUCAAUGACACGUUUCCAUACUGGUUGGGAUCUUUGGUAUCACUACGUGUUCUGAUUCUCGGAUCAAAUGCCUUUUAUGGUCCAGUCUCUUCACAUGUUGGGUUUCCAAGUCUGAAAAUCAUUGACAUAUCGCAUAAUAGCUUCAAUGGAACAUUGCCACAAGAUUAUUUUGUGAACUGGCUUGAAAUGUCAACAGUGUGGGUAGAUUACGAAGGUAUUCGAGGUUCGUUAUACAUGGGGGCAAUCAAUCAUACGGAUUCGAUGGAUAUGAUGUAUAAAGGUGUAGACACAGAGUUUCCACUGAUCUUUCUUGGGUUCAAAGCCAUCGAUUUUUCUGGAAACAAAUUCACUGGACGAAUCCCUAAAUCAGUUGGCUUGUUGAAGGAUUUGCGUCAUGUCAACUUUUCAAGAAAUGCAUUUACCGGCAGUAUCCCAUCAUCCUUGGCAAAACUAACAAACCUCGAGGCACUAGACCUCUCUCACAAUAAGCUUUCCGGUAAUAUUCCUCGUGAUCUUGCCAGACUCUCCUUCAUGUCAUACAUGGACUUCUCCCACAACCUUCUCCAAGGUCCAGUUCCACGAAGCACUCAGUUUCAAAGCCAAAAUUGUUCUUCGUUCGAAGACAACCUUGGACUCUACGGUCUCGAGACAAUCUGUGGACCGAUCCAUGGUCCUCAUCCUACACCGGGAGAUUCACAUCAAUCCGAAGAAUUUUCAUCCGAAGAGUCAGAAGAAGUGUUGAGCUGGAUAGCAGCUGCAAUAGCCUUCGGACCUGGGGUGUUCUGUGGAUUGGUGAUCGGAUAUAUCUUCUUCACUUCACAAAAGCACAUAUGGUUCAUGGAGAAGUUCGGUCGAAACUAUCCCCGUGGCAUCAUCACUGUUGGCUAAGCCCAUCUCUCUCAACCUUGUUUCUUUGAGUGUCUUGCAAGUCUGUACUUCCACUAAUUGGUUCGUCAAAGUGUUGUGUUUGUAAUUUUGGUUCAGUUAAACAUUGUUGGGUGUUUUUGUUGUAAUGGUAAAAUUUGCAGUUGUAUUGAUUGACUUUUACUUGUC